AUGCAAAGGCGAUUAUCAGAGCUACGCCUAAAUAACGAGAAAGAUCUCGUGAAAGAGAUCAAACUUGAAGAGUUGGAACAGUCUGUCCAAGACGCAAUACGUGUGACUCGUGAACUGGGGUUCGAUUAUCUCUGGGUUGACAGACUGUGCAUCAUUCAAAACUGCCCAGAGGAUAAGAGACGAGAGAUUGGUAAGAUGGCGAUGACAUACAAGAACGCUGCAAUUACAUUGGCUGCUGGAACUGCUACAAGAGCUUGUGAAGGAUUCUUGGGAAGCUUGCCUGGCAGAAGUCCUACGUAUUUGCCGGAAAAUCAAUUCGAAAUACCGAUGAAGGAUGGGCGUGUGGGGACAGUUUAUCUGUCAGGAAGCCCGUAUCAGCCCCAUCAUCCUCUCGACAAGAGGGGAUGGACUCUUCAGGAGUACAUGCUCUCGUCCCGAAUGCUCAUCUUCUCAGACUACCAGCUUCUAUGGCAGUGCCAGGAAACUGAACUGCAGAGCGUCACCGGAAAUAAUGUGGGUAUAGAAUAUCAGCAACAUCUUGAGUCAUUGCCAUGGGCUUCCUUCGACGAGGAGGGUGAACCGUCCUACGGAACACAUGAUUCUGAGAAACUGUAUCUUUGGAAGACUAUCAUUGUUCAGUAUACACAGAGGCAGCUGAAAGACCCCGAAGAUAGGUUACCAGCGGUCACGGGUAUCACAACUGAGUUACAAAAGAUGUGGCGAGAUUCCCAUAUCUACGGUCACUGGGAACGAUGGUUUAUACAACUUCUGGCAUGGUAUAAGCCAGAUAACGGAAGAGUGAAGGAAAGACACACCAAGAGAGCCCCCAGUUGGUCCUGGGUAUCACUUGAUGGACAAAUUCGAUUCGAAGACCCGAUAGAGGUCGAGGACGCACAAAUUGAGAUCUUGACGGCAGCCAAGGUUAGGUUAUCCUGCCGAAUACUUCAGUUCAGCGAUAUAAACCUGGUCAAGAGGUACACGCUGUCUACAAUGCUUGAUCUUGUGGAGUCAGCUUCAGAUGUUGAGUUUGGAAGGAGGAAAUGCGAGUAUCUUCUCCUGGGUAAAACCGGCAACUAUCAUCAAGAAACCGGAGUUGCUUUGAUGAUACUCAAAACGGCCAAGGGAAGUUACAAGAGGGUUGGGUUAGCUCUAUUCGAGGAUAUGUCAGUUUGGACUGGCGUCAAGUUCCAGAGUGUUGAUCUGGAGCCAAAGGAAAAGUAG